GGCUGGGGCUGAGGGAGGAGUGGCGUCGCUGCAGUGAGGUGACUGUGGCUGGAGGAAGGGGGCGGGAUCCUGGGCUGGAGAUCCGGACCCCGGGCACCGGGGACAGCGGACUGACAACCAGCAAGAUGCCGAGCGGAGAGCUGCAGCUCUGCAGCAGCUACUCCAACCUGCGAGGCGAACUGGUGGAACAUUUCAGGUGUCCGAGGAAGGCGGAUGGCAUGGACAAAGUUUACUGCUGCGGUUUCUCGGACCUCAAGUACUGCUGCAGCGAGGCGGACAACUAUUUCCCAUACUCGCACGGCUACAUGUGGUCGCUCAGUAUAGGUGCAAUGGUGGGAUUAGGAAUUGCUGCCCUUGUUUUACUGGCAUUUGUGAUCAGUGCCUUUGUGUUGUGCUACUUAUUUCUCUGCACUAAUCCUCAGAGAUUAGAUUCUGGCCUCAGACUUCAGAACCUGACAACAUCUCCAGUUCAAACAAGAAAAAAGAAAACCAAACAAGGGAUCUUGGAAGUACCAGCACCCACAUCGACAACAGGACACCCGCCACCUGUUCCAGAUAGAAUUGUUCAAGAUAAGCCAUUGACAAUGAUAAUAGAGACUUAAAUUGCAACCAGAAUGUCAUAUACUAAAUUGAAAAAGUUUUGCAUUUUAAAAUAAUUGUUAAUCUUUUUUUUAGUAAGAGCGAAAAUAAAAAGAAUGACUACCGUGUUAUCUGUCAAAUAUAAAAUAGUUGAGGAUUAAUCUUGUAAGUGCAUGAAGUGUAUGUAAUAAACAGUGUUAGGAACAAAUGAAAUGUAACUCUUUAAGUAUCUGUGGUUUAUGACUUUAUUUGGUUCUGUUCCAUAGUUUAAAAUAAAAUAAUUUACGCCGGCUCUGAGAGAAAGAAAGUAAUUCAGCAUAAAAUGAAGAAGAUAUAUGUGUAAAUAACUUGUUACAUAACAAGUUACUCAAGCAUAACUUGAUACGUGUUGUUUGGUAGUACAGAACUUGAAUAUUACUAAAAAAUGCACAUUUUGUCCUUUUUUUGGUUUGCAUUAAUCACCACAAUUCAUAUA